AUGAAGCUGUUUCUGGUUCUUGUUAUUCUGCUUUUUGAGGUACUCACAGGUGGGGCACGACUCAGAAAAUGCUUUAAUGAUGUCAAAGGCUUCUGCAGGAAGAAAUGCAAAGUAGGGGAAAUCUACGAAUCAGGAUGUCUAAGUGGAAAAUUAUGUUGUGUUGAUAAACACGAAAGCAGAAGAUACUGGGAAGCCCAUAAUCCGCCACAUCGUCACGAGAAGCAGCUUGAUGGGGAUAGGAAGCUGGACUAUAGUAUUUUACCCACCGUCACUGUCGUCACGGUCGAGUUCUAA